CACGAGACUUGAGUGGAAGUCAAAUUACUUCUGGCUUCACGCGCCUCAAAGGUUCAUUCAAAAUAGGUCGUUCUCUGAGUAUAUGGACAUUUAAAAGAGUAUGCAGCUGUAAAUAGUGAUUAUUAAAGACGGAUAAAACGCGUGAAGGUAUAUCAUCAUGCUGUCAAGACUGCGUGUGAGUGUGUGGCCAUGUCUGAGUGUGUGUCGCAUGGCUCACACUAAAGAGAAGGGCAAACCACUGAUGCUCAACCCACGCACCAACAAGGGCAUGGCCUUCACCCUAAAGGAGAGACAGGUCCUGGGACUGCAUGGAUUGCUGCCCCCAAAGUUUGAGACUCAGGACCUACAGGCCAUGCGCUUUCAGAAGAACCUGAGGAAGAUGUCGGACCCCCUGCAGAAGUAUAUCUACCUUAUGGGGAUCCAGGAGCGUAAUGAGCGUUUGUUCUAUCGUGUGUUGAUGGAGGACAUUGAGGCUCUGAUGCCCAUUGUGUACACGCCCACUGUGGGACUCGCCUGCACCCAAUACGGACACAUCUUCCGCAGGCCCAAAGGCCUAUUUAUCUCUAUUAUGGAUCAGGGACACAUCCGUUCCAUCCUGGACAACUGGCCAGAAACUAAUGUGAAGGCUGUGGUAGUGACAGACGGUGAGAGGAUUCUGGGUCUGGGUGAUCUGGGUGUAUAUGGAAUGGGUAUUCCUGUAGGGAAGCUGUGUUUAUACACCGCAUGUGCUGGAAUCAGACCAGAAAGCUGCCUGCCUGUGUGUAUCGAUGUGGGAACAGAUAAUGAGAAGUUGCUAAAGGACCCGUUCUAUAUGGGGUUGUACCAGCGACGUGAACGCUCACAGCGAUACGAUGACCUGAUCGAUGAGUUCAUGGAAGCGGUGGUGGAUAAGUACGGUCAGGACACACUUAUACAGUUCGAGGACUUUGGAAAUCACAAUGCCUUCCGCUUCCUGAAAAAAUACAGACAUCGAUACUGCACCUUCAAUGAUGACAUCCAGGGCACUGCAGCAGUAGCUCUGGCGGGUUUGUUGGCGGCACAGCGUGUGGUAGGGAAACCAAUCACUGAGCACAGAGUUCUGUUUCUGGGAGCGGGAGAGGCUGCUCUAGGCAUCGCUAACCUUAUCGUCAUGGCCAUGAUGGAGGAGGGAGUGAGUCAGGCAGACGCACGCAAGAAGAUAUGGAUGUUUGACAAAGACGGCCUCCUUGUCCAGGGCAGAUCUCAGUCCACAGACAGUAAUCAGGAAGGAUUUGUUCACCCAAGUCCUGGAGAUGUAAAGAGUUUUUUGGAUGCUGUUAAUGUCAUCAGACCCACAGCCAUUAUUGGUGUGGCAGGGGCGGGGCGUCUCUUCUCUCAUGAUGUCAUCAGAGCAAUGGGCUCGUUAAAUGAGCGGCCAAUCAUCUUUGCUCUCAGCAACCCGACUGCUAAAGCUGAGUGCACUGCAGAGGACGCCUACAGCCUCACACAUGGUCGGUGUCUGUUUGCAAGUGGCAGUCCAUUUGGUGCUGUUACUCUGGAUGAUGGCAGAAUCCUCAUCCCGGGACAGGGAAACAACGCAUACAUAUUUCCUGGUGUAGCUCUGGCUGUGAUCCUCAGUGGAGUCAGACACAUAAGUGAUACGGUGUUCCUUGAAGCUGCCAAGACCCUGGCAAUUCAGCUGACUGAUGAGGAGCUGAGUCAGGGUCGGCUUUACCCUCCACUGUCCAGCAUCAGAGAGGUGUCUGUGCAGAUGGCUGUUAAGGUGGUGGAGUACCUGUACAGUAAAGGCAUGGCGUUCCGGUACCCAGAGCCAGUGGAUAAAGAGGAAUAUGUGAGAUCAGUUGUGUGGAACACACAGUACGACUCCUUCCUCCCAGAUACCUAUGAAUGGCCUGGUGUCUCUCACAGCCCCAUACACGACUGAGCUUUAGUCCCUCAGCAGCACUCCUCCUGAUUAUAUGAAUUCAUAGCUCACUAGUGCAAGAACACUCCAGCAUACACAUACACACACAAACCUAAUCAUGAUGGACACAUACAGUACACUCCACACACACACACUCCAGAUGCACACAGUUCCUCACACCGGAAUUUCUGGAAAAUCUGUCACUAACUGUUAAGUAUAGCUGCUAUCAUUUGCAACACUCCACUAGUCUAAACCAGAAUUGUCACCAAACCCAUUCACUCCUAAGGCAAUCAUUCAUUCAUUCUUCAGUAAGAGCUUUAUUUUAUUUAUUGGGCAUUAUUAGUGAUUGUGGAUCUGGAGUAUAUUCCCCAGGAAUAGACCCUGGAUGGGAAGUCAGUCGCUCACACUAAGAGGAGCAUGAGGAGAACAUGUGGCACUUCACAUAUACAGGAACCUGGGAUCAGGAUGAACCCUGGAGCUUAAAGGAGGUGGUAAUGCCUGCUGCUGAUGUCACUCAUGACAGGAUCAUCACCGCUCCACACACUCCUAUGGUUACUUGUGUUUGUACCAGCUUCUGAUAUUUUGUAAAUUAUGAAGACAUGAGUAAUGAGCACCAAAACACCCCCAAGUUAAUGUAUGACUCCUUUCUGUCUUCAGCUUCAUAACUGACCUAGAAGUUUUUGGUGUGUGUUUGUUACAGUAUCCUUGACUUGUCUCAGUUUAGCACUGCGAGUGUGUAGCUCAAAGCAAAAAAGUACAGUUAGUGACAGAGCCAUGGACAAGGUUAUUGUUGUUAUUAGUAUUAUGUUUAGUAUUAUUUUUAGUAUUAGUAUUUAUUAUUAUUAGUAUGUAUUAUUAUUAUUAUUAUUAUUAUUAUUAUUAUUAUUAUUAUAGUUUUGUGAUUGUGAUGUUAUUAGAGCAUUUGUGUAUGCUGAAUUGAUUUCAACUAGAAGUUGCUCUGGAUGUGUUUGCUAUAUGAAUAAAUGUAUAAAUUAUA